AUGCAGGCUCAUACGCUCUCGGACUCCUCGCCUCUGCCCCGGCAAAUGUUUUGGUCUUUCAUCAACACCCACGAGUUCGAUGAGAUACCGAAUUACCCAGGCGCUGUUCGCCAGUACAUUGCCAACCACGCCGUAACUGCUCACCAGAACACCAAACCAGGCAAAGCUACACAAUCAAUCUUCUUUUGCGUCUACCAGCGAGAACGUUAUGGGCCCCAGAACGGAUACCGGUUCUGCGUAGUACAUGAGGGCUAUCACGUCGGAUCUGCAGAGAAAGUGGAUGGCGAUCCGGAGGAUGACAUUGAAAUAGCUAGAUAUUUUAAGAUCAAAGUUAGGGGUGGUCGGUGGGUGGGCGAAUAG